UCAUUCAUUUUGAUUCAAGCCCAUGAGAAGUGCCGCUGGGAUAGACCUCCGUGACAGUGACUUCUGCGUUAGAUCAGCUGAUAAUAGCAAACAAUAACAAACGGUCGAAGGUCGUGGACUCGUGGUAUCUUGUAAGUUUGUAACCAGCAUUCACAGCGACGACACGUGGGUGGGUGAGGGUGUCAGGACUCUGUGACCGUCAACCUCACGAGAUUACGUCGUUACGAGAACUGUAUCUGUACGGGUGUACCGACUACCGUGUACCACUUCACUUGUACGUCAGUACGUGGAUCUACCAACUACGUUGAAUGUGCCACCAUGGCAUAUUGUUCAUGGUUUAAAGAUGAAGAAUAUCGGGAUCAUUUUGAGUCAGGUAUUUAUGUGUGCGUGGAUUGUGGCAAUCCUUUAUUCUCAAGCCGAACUAAAUACAGCCAUGAUACACCAUGGCCUGCCUUCACUAUGCCCAUCAAGCCUGAUUCUGUAACCAAAGUGCCUGAAGAAGGAAGACCGAGAGCACUAAAGGUAUCCUGCGGCAAGUGUGGCUAUGGCUUGGGUCAUGAAUUUCUCAAGGAUGGUCCUGACGGAGUUGGCUCGCGCUUCUGAAUAUUCUCCAGCUCCCUCAAGUUCGUGCCCAAAGAAGGCGAGGGAGUGGGAUCUAAGGAAGCCUCUGACCCAGAGGCUACGUCCGUUAACUGAAAACCUGGGGGGAGCUGCCGUCGUAACUCCAAAUGUUGCCUCUCAUAGAAUAUAGACUAACUUUAUCCAAUAUUCCGUAAUAUACACCACCAUUGCCCUCAUUUGAUCUAAUAUUAUAAAAUAAUAAUAUAUACCUACCACUAUGAAAAUGUCGCAAGACAUGGCAAAGCCUCAACACUCAGCAAGGAACAACUCUGUACACAAAAUUAUGCGAAAAUUGCAUCGAUGUUCAGAGCAUUAUUAAAUACUCAAUAGUAUAAAAUUUAUUGCAGUUAUGACGUUUAAUGACUGACUCCCAACAACUAACUCAAUACCGACAAAUUCUUUAUGUUUAUAGGAAACGAAAAUUAAUUCUGCCGGUUUUGUUUCAGUAGUUUCAAAUAUAUUAUUGAUAUAUGACAUUUCAGAUUGGAUUUUUAUCUAUCGAUCUCUCUAUAAAGUAUAAUUUAAUUUUGUGAUCUAACAACGUUGGAAGUGAGAUUAAGUGAUAGUUGAAUUGUGAUAAUGGUUUACAAGAUUGUUACUACUAUUACUAUACCUAUAUUGUAUCACUUUUAUCUCAAGAGGAGUUCAAAAUCGGUCAAUAGCCGAUAAAGUUAUUCACGUAUUCUUAGAUUCACGUAUUCUUAGGCGUUUAGACAAGAUAACCUUCACUACUAGUGUUACGAAGUGCAUCUUGUCUUUCGUAACCCCUCUGGGGGGACUUCUGACGCGUGUCUGUGCGCGUCAGAAGUCGCUCCUAGGG